GGACACGUUAUCCUUCCGGGCAGUUUCGGUCUUGGAGUCGGACUGUGGACUAGGUGGACUCGUCGUCAUCUUCAUUUCGUUCUAAAUUCAGUGUCGGUCAUGUCGUUCGGAUAACGCCGUCGUACCGUUUACGUGGUUUAGCGGUAUCGACUGCGUAUCUACGAUGCGUGUUCCUUAGCUUCGGUGAACAUUUGGAAGAUUCGGCGUGUUGUGAUGUGCCUCGGUGUGCUCUGACAUUCAUCCAGAAAAAAAAACGUUUGUGCGAUCGCCGGUGCAAUGUCGUCACGGACUUUCAGCUCGCGUACGCCGCUAGCUUUUUCACUGAUAGUCAUCUUACUACUUAUCGACCCAGCACACUCGUGGGGAGGGAAGAAAGUCAAACUCAAGGACGUUGAAGUGCUCACACUGAGACAGGGCCAGUACACAACAGGCCGCAGGUCGAGCCCUGUGCCCCAGCUGACAUGCCUCGGCGGCAGUGCGGGCUGCCAAAAUGCGCCUGCCGUUGUUCAAUGCUACAACCGAGGCAGUGACGGCUACAGCACUCAGUGGGAGUGCAAGGCUGACAUGAGCAAGUCUCAAAAGUUUGGAACAGUCGAAGUGACAUGCGAAGGCUAUGAUUAUGCCGACGACGAGUACAUCUUGGCAGGAUCAUGUGGUCUAGAGUACCGAUUGGAGAAGACUGGAUAUACUGCUGGCUCAACAUAUGACUCGUAUAAGCACUCAACGUACACCCAUGGUUCCAAGUCUGGUUCGGCCUUUCAAAUGAUCCUCUUCCUUGCCAUUGCCGCAUUUAUCAUCUUCACCAUCUACCGGACAUGCCUUGCUCCGGGGCAGUUGAACGAUGCCCCUCCGUCCUACGACGACGGCCCCCCGCCCGACUAUCCAGGCCCGCCGAGAGGAGGCUUCUUUGGUGGUGGCGGUGGCGGAGGUGGCGGCAUGCCCCCACCUCCAGGCUUCAGAUCACAGUAUCAAACGGAUGCCAGUUGUGGCACAGCUCGUGCCCCCGGUGCCGCUGGUGGCAUAGGAGGUGGUGGUUUCUGGACUGGGGCGGCCGCAGGUGGCCUGCUGGGAUAUCUCUUGGGAAACACCAAUAAUGCUGGCUACAGUACUGGGUAUGGCUACCCUAGGGAAGGAACGUUUCGCCCGUCUUCCUCGUUCAGCACAUCAUCGUUUGGCGGUGCUUCAACGUCGAGUGAAACACAUACAUCCUCUGGUUUCGGAGGCACACGCCGAAGGUAGUCAAAACGGCCGCCGACCAAAAUUCUGACGCACACCUUCAUCAAGCACCGACCUCACCACUGUGAUCACCCAAAAUCUCGUCAUUGAAAUAAAAUUACUCUACCUUUC